AUGUCUCAACCGUCGUCAGUGGGUUUCUCAAAUCUACUGAACCCUCAAGAAGCAUCCGACCCCAUUCAACCUCAGCCUACCCACGGGGACUCUGAUACCACCAUGGCCUCUUCUGUAAGCUUGCUGCCGCCUCUCAUGAAGGGUGCUCGUCCUGCCAACGAGGAAGUUCGUCAGGACUUGCCUCGCCCGUAUAAGUGCCCUCUUUGCGAUCGUGCUUUCCACCGUCUGGAGCACCAAACUCGCCAUAUCCGGACACACACUGGUGAAAAGCCUCACGCCUGCCAGUUCCCCGGUUGCACAAAGCGAUUCAGCCGCUCCGACGAACUGACUCGUCACUCGCGCAUUCACAACAACCCCAACUCGCGCCGCAGCAACAAGGCCCAGCAUCUAGCUGCUGCCUCUGCCGCCGCUAACCAGGAUGUGAACAUGACCAACGCGCCUCAAAUGCCCAGUAUGGCCAACAUGAUGCCCCCUCCCAGCAAGCCCAUCACUCGCUCUGCGCCGGUUUCGCAGGUCGGUUCCCCAGAUGUGUCUCCCCCACACUCUUUCUCCAACUACGCCAACCACAUGCGCUCAAAUCUGGGUCCUUACUCGCGCACUACCGAACGGGCCUCCUCCGGAAUGGAUAUCAACCUGCUCGCUACUGCUGCUUCUCAGGUUGAGCGAGAUGACCACAUGGGCUACCACGGAUCGCGUCAUGGCAUGUUCGGCUCGCGUCAUCACAAUAGCAGUCGUGGACUUCCUUCGCUCUCUGCCUACGCCAUUUCCCAGAACAUGACACGCUCGCAUUCUAAUGAGGACGACGAUGCCUACGCCCACCACCGUGUGAAGCGCUCCCGCCCUAACUCUCCCAACUCUACCGCGCCCUCUUCCCCCACAUUCUCGCACGAUUCUCUUUCGCCCACACCCGAUCACACUCCCCUGGCUACCCCUGCACACUCGCCUCGUCUGCGUCCAAUGGGCGCCAACGAGCUGCACCUUCCCUCAAUCCGCCACCUCUCUCUCCAACACACACCCGCCCUGGCCCCCAUGGAACCCCAACCCGAGGGUCCCAAUUACUACAGCCCCAGUUCCGGCAACAUGGGUCCCACAAUCACAGACAUCAUGUCCAAAUCCGACGGCACACAGCGCAAACUGCCAGUACCCCAGGUUCCCAAGGUGGCAGUGCAAGAUAUGCUGAAUCCCGCCACUGGGUUCUCAUCCAUGAACUCGUCAACCAACAACUCCGUUGCUGGCGGCGACUUGGCGGAACGCUAUUAA